GGAGAGAACCCGACCAGUACGAGGAAAGAGGGAGAAAGACCCCCGAUCCGGCCGGCGGCGCACGAGAUAUAAAAACAGACGGCCAGGGUCGGCUCCUUCGGUGGGAAGGGCAGACGAAGCCAUUCAAUCCGGGACCGGGGAGCGUCGCGCUCGCACACCAGUGACCAGUGACAGAGGGUCGGUUUUCUGGAGGCACUUGCUGGUCCCGGCGAUCGACGACGGAGCAGAAUUCUUCUCCGAUCGGCUGCCCGGGCGGGAGGGUCCCUCUGUUCGGCGAUCUGCGGCUCCGUCCCUGAAGGAAGCUAGGGUUGAGAAAGCGCAAGAGGAUGGGCUAGACCCUUGCCCACAGCCGAACAAAAGGGAAGAGUCUUUCUUCUUAAUUAUUAUUUUUAUUAGAUUGAUACAUCUCAUCUCCUUAUAUAGAGAGACAUACUUGGCCCCUAAGAAAAUAUCCUAACCAAAUCAAUCUAACUUUUCUUUCCUUAUCUUAUCCGCGAAAGGGCCUCUAGCUGAGUUGGUUAGGUGGUCUGAGUAGCACUCCUCAGGUCCUGGGUUCGACUCCCCGUGGGAGCGAAUUUUCAGGCUGUGGUUAAAAAAAUCCCCUCGUCUGUCCCACGCCAAAGCACAGGUCUAAGGCUCAGCCCCGGUCGUGGUCGUUCUCACAUGGGCUUCGAUGCCGCUGUGUAUGGGUGGGGCAGGGGUUCGGGGGUUUUCUUGACCUGUGUGAGAAGGUCUUCUUCUUAAUACAAUGCCCGGGGGCUGUCUUACCCCCCGCAGGUCAAGUUUUUCCUUAUCUUAUCCUAACCAACCAAAUCAAUCUAACUUAUCUAUUUCCUUAUUCUAACCAAACCAAUGUAUCUGUUCGACACUAUUCACACUUGCCAUAACACUGCUCAACCAUUCUAAGGCAUCUCGUCCUCGAGCUAUGCUAGUGAUUAUGACCAUAGAUGUCAAUGUUCCUAUAGAGAUGCUUGGCUUAGAAAGGCACCAUCCAACCAACGAAGUUGCAUGUGUACAACCAACUGAAUCCCAUGGCGUCGUCCGAAGGGUGUCGACACAUAUGUUUCCGAAAUUGGCAUUUUUAAUUUAAUUUAUAUCAUUUUAUAGUGGACCAGAUGCCUAAGCCAAGAGGUUAUAGUGGAGGCUAGGGUUGAUGGGGCACAAGGGGACGACUAUGGGCCUUGUCUACAACCGAGCAAAAGGGAAUUGUUUUUUCCUUCUUAAUUAUUGCCUUAUUAGAUUGAUGCAUCUCCUCUCCUUAUAUAGAGAGGCUUAUUUGACCCUUAAAAAUAUCGUAGCCAAAUCAAUCUAACUUAUCUCUUUUCUUAUCUUAACUAACCAAAUCUUUUCUUGUCCUAACUAAUCGAAUCAAACUUAUCUCUUUUCUUGUCCUGAUCAAAUCAAUCUAUCAGUAUGGUACUGUUCACACUUGCCAUAACAAUGUGGUUUAGAAAAAGCAUGUUUCAUAUGGAGUUGCUAAAACUCUAAAAACACUAUAGCUUUAGGCCUUUAGCAAUGCGGUGGUUUAGAGAAGUUAAAGGGCUGUUGCAUCGAAACACAUGACAACAUUCAAAAACCAAACUAGUUUGCAGUAGCACAAUAUUUAUCCAAUAUAUUACUCUAAUAAUAAUUUGCAUCCAAAUAUAGCCUUUGUAAUGCAACUUGUUUAGUGUUUGGGAAGAGCAGCUGUUCUCCACGAUUAUGUAGGAUUCGCUGAUUGUAAAACUAUUUCCUGUCUCUAAUAUAAUGAUGCAUAUUUUUCUGCGUCUUUCGAGAAGAAGUGCCUUCUUGUAGGAAUAGGAUAUGGCAGCCUCUGCUAUGUUCCUCCAGGAUUUUGUGGUUUUGCCACACACUUGCGCUUUGGUUUGAGUUAGCAGUAGGGGUAUAAAUCUGUGCGUGUGUGGGGCAAGUUUUAGUACCAUCUGUUCUCACUGUGUUGAUCUACUCGUUGCAUCUGUGUUGUGAUGUCCUAUAACCUCUUUCUUUAGUCAUCUCGUAUUCUCGUCUGAUGUUUAAUUGUGUUCAUUUUUUUACUGAUCAAUUAGGUGCUGUGCAAUUUGUUCUAAUUUUUGAAUACCUAGUACUUUCUGUGAUACCGUAUCUGUCGUCCUUAAUUAUUGCUAACCUUUGUAAAUCAUGAUUUCUCCUAUAGCCACAUGAUGUGGACCUGACGCUCUACAUUUUGUCAUGUUUUUUUGGCAGUUCUACCACCAUCGAUUUAUACUGUGGCUAUGUGGAGGUGUCAUCCUACACGGUGAUAGGUUUUCUUAGUACAUAGCAGCUUGAGGAAAAUGUCCGAUUUCGAUGAACAGGAUGACAUAUUCUUGGAGACAUCUGAUGAUACAAGAAGUUCGGCAUAUUUUUCAGCUAGGUGCAGCACAAGUGAACAAUUAUCAGCAUCAUGGGGACCUGAGGAUGAGCUCUGGACAAGUGAAUUGCUGAGUGUCAAUGAAAGGCGGCAUAGAUUCCUGGUUCGGAUGGGCUUUGCUAAACCUAUUCCUACUGGAAUCACCUUUUCACAGUGGCAGGGAGAAAUUUUGGCUGAUCGUGCAUUUCGCGACCUGGAGGACAGAAUUAACAGCAUCUGUUCUUCAUAUCGGCCGUCUUUUUCUCAUGGCGCAUCUGCACCAGAUAGUACUAGGAACAGCGUCGUGCUUGAGCUUGAUGAAAUCGAGCACCAUGAACUGACCGGAAUACUUGAUGAGGUUGGAACAGACAGAACCAUGAAUACAAACCAGUCAGAUGGUUUUCCUAGUUUCCCUCAACUUGUUCAUUUGUUUUUGCAGAAGGGCAGUGGUCGUAGUCCGGCAAGGGGAAUGGAAAUAGAAUUCAGUGAGAAGCAAAAUGAUCCCAAGAGCUUUUGUGGAAGGUUCAAAAGAAAGGAGGAGGAAGAUAUAAUCUGUAUGCACGACACACGUAUGAAAAGCCUGAAGAGUGGAACAUUGUUUGCAACAAAAGUUGAUCAGCAAAACAAGAAGUGGAUGGACUUCUCUGCUCUGUACAUGUGCCAAGAAAUCCAUGCCCACGGCGGUUCAAUCAGCGUCAUGAAGUUCAGUACAUCUGGGAGGUAUUUAGCGAGUGUGGGCGAAGACUGCGUUGUGCGCAUCUGGAGGAUACACGAAGUUGAAUCCUCUCCUGAUCUGUACAUCAGAGAGACGCCUGUCAAAUCCAUGGACAGAAAUAUGGGCCUGAAAAUGAAGGUGGGAAAAGGCCGGGGACGUGCCCUAGCCAUAAUACCCAGGAAAGUUUUCAACAUCGCUGAGACACCACUGCAUGAGUUUCAUGGCCACACAAGUGAUAUCUUGGAUAUGACAUGGUCAAAAUCAAAUUUUCUCUUGACUUCAUCUAAAGACAAGACUGUACGCAUGUGGAAAGUUGGCUGUGAUGACUGUCUAGCAGUAUUCAAGCACAGAGAUUAUGUAACAUGCAUUCAGUUCAAUCCUGUUGACGAAGGAUACUUUGUUAGCGGCUCAAUAGACGGUAAAGUCCGUGUCUGGGAUGUUUCAGAGAGGCGAGUAGUUGACUGGGCCGAUGCAAAGGAUAUCAUAACUGCCGUGGGUUACCAGCCAGAUGGACAGGGUCUUAUCGUUGGCAUCGCUGCAGGGAGGUGCCGGUUCUAUAACCAUGCAGGUGAAAACGUGGAACUGGAGAAAGUACUGAAGGUAACGAAGAAGAAAUCUGCUGGUAGACAGAUCACCAGCCUGCAGUUUUCGUGCGGCGAUCCUGCUCGGAUCCUGAUCGCAUCAGCAGGUUCUAAGAUACGAGUAUCUGAUGGAGGAGCUAAGAUCAACCGAAAGUUUGAAGGACGUCGAGGCUCCAAGGUCCUGGUGCCGCCGUCUCUGACCUCCGACGGGCAGUACCUCGUGUCCGCAGGUGCCGACUCCAACGUCUACAUCUGGGACUUGGACAGACCAGCAAGGGGCAAAAGCCGCACCAGAGGACCAAGAAGGGUGCGUUCCUGCGAGCACUUCUUCUCGGAGGGCGUCACGUCCGUGGCGACAUGGCCGGGUCUGGCGCACCAACAAGAAGACCUCCAGUCGCCGGAGAAGGGGGCCGCCCCCACGCUCUGCCGCGACCGCGAGCUCUGCUCGUUCGGGACGUGGUUCUCGGCAGACGGCGCGAGGGGCGCCGCGACGUGGCCCGAGGAAAAGCUGCUGCCGUCCCUCAGGUACGUCAACUGCGCCGGGAUGGACGACUGCCGCGCCAAGGUGUCGGCCGCCUGGAACAAGGUCGUCGUCACCGGCGGCAGCGACGGGGUCAUCCGGUGCUUCCACAACUAUGGACUGCCAGUGAAGCUAUAGGCUUGCGAGAUCAGAGCUGUAUUACUGUUCCUUACUUUCUUGUACUGUACAGUUCAUGAAAGUUCUAGGACGAGGAGGGGUGUACAUUGGUUUGCUUGCUGACUUGCUGUGAACGAGCCGUUAAUUAACAGGGAUCUUGGUACAUUGAGUUGAUCGAGCAUGGAGUUUCCAAAUGGUUUCCGUGUA